GCAGAUCCAGUGGAAGCAGGCAUUGCUGACUCCGUUGCUAUUGCUGUUGCUUUUCAUAUCCACUGGAAGCGCGCGCUGCGGUUGCCGUUGUGCGCAAAGCGAGUGACGGAGCCUCUUGCCCGCUGUCCGCAGGUGCAGAUCCAGUCGAAGCAGUCGGGCGCGGCGGGCGGCGCGGGCGGCGCGGGCGGCGGGGGCGUGGCCCGCGCCCCGGCGUGGGAGCGGGCGCCGGGCGUGGGCGCGGGCGUGGGCGCGGGCGGGUCAUGCGGCAGCCUGGGCUCGGGCAGCAGCGCCGGCUCGCGCGCCCGCAAGAAGGGCAGCGGCUCCGCCUGCUUCCGCGCCCACUUCAACAGCCUGUGGUCCGUGUGGUACGGGCUGUGCGCCGCGGGCGUGCAGGCGUACGUGGCCGCCGUCAGCGCCGAGCGCUACCUGGGCGUGGCCAGCCGCCUGCCGCCGCUCGAGUCGCACGCCUACAUCGGCCUCACCGGCGCGGCGGUGCUGCUGCUGCCGUUCUUCCUGACGGCGGCCGUGUUCAAGAUCGGCAACCUGGCCAACGACGGCUUCAAGCUGGGCCGCCACCUGAGCACGUGCUCGGCCGACCCGCCGGGUGUGCUGCUGGGCGCCGGGGCCGGCGUGCUGCGCUCGCUGUGGCAGCACGGCGGCCCCACCGCGCCCUUCCUGCACCUCUGCACGGCCUUCUGCCUGCUGCUGCCCAAGCUGCUGGCCGAGGCGCGCCUCAUCCAGCUGGGACACCUGCCGCCCAAUGAUGUUUGGCGCACAGAUUUGGACUUUCUCUUGGUGCACAGUGACCGUUUGGUGGUACUGAGUUUUGUGAGCAAUAGUUCAAAUCCUUUACCUACUCCCUUGCCGUCGUCUGUGGCUGCGACUGGUGCAGGAUCGUCAGCCGCUGUUACCACUCACCCAGCUUGGGGUGCCACGACCACGACAGCUUCCGCUGCCGCUGUGGGAAAUGAAUCGGGGAUAAAUAGUCUGCCUCUAGUCGGUGAUCCUUUAGAAGGAGGAGUAGAACUUCGAACUGCAGAUUGGGGCCCUGUCUCAGCAGAAUAUCUCAAUUAUGGCCUAGCCCUCCUAGUGUAUGCUGUGCGGUACCCAGCUGUGUUUUGGCACACAAAUAAGGCGUUUGGAACGUUGUUUUCAUUCCAAUUACUAGUCAAUGGUCUUCAGAGCAUGGUUGCCUAUGCAGGCAUGUGUGUUCUUUAUAAGGUCCAAGUUCUUGGUGCAAAAGAAGCCUUACCAAUGUUACAUUUACGCACAAGUCAUAAUGUUGAUGAAGGUUCUCCGUUCAUCUUGAAUACCCAUGUCACGCUCGCCCUCUUCAUCUUGUCCAACGUUCUCAUCUUAGCAUCGAGUCUUGUGCUCUACUUGUAUGGCUACGGGAGGUUCACGGCUUUCUUGGACGCUGAGCGAGAACGACGAGUGAUCAUCCUGCGGCAGACUCGCUCGGGCAGCGGCUGGGGAUAUUUCACCCACUGCGCCGCCCUCUGCGUCCUUCUGGCCAUAGCCGUGUGCAACGCGCCGCUCCUGUACGACUACACCGUCGUGUACCGCUGCAGCCUGGACAACGCGGUCCUCGCUUGUGUCAUCGGAGCGAUCCUGCACUUGUUCCUGUGGGUGCUCUUGUGGCUCAUCCUCACCAUAAAGCAGAGAUGGGCCUUCAAGCUGCGAGUGACCGUGGGACGAGCCGCUGUCAAAUCCGCCCGUUCGAUCCGCCUGGUCACGGACGUUGACCUGGUGUCGGCACGAGACGGAAGUGGCAGUUCUGCGCCGCUUUUGGUAGUGGGAAACGGCAGAACCUACACAAUUUCGGAUACUUCGCCAAAGAAAGCUAUCAUGAGCGUCAUCCAGAAAGCUGCCUUGGACCGGAAAGCUAAAGCUUCUCAAGGGAGUAAUUCUAAUGAUGGAAAUGAUGAAGGAGAAGAACAGAUUUAUUGGCUACGACCCAAGCCACCUUCACCCAAAACAUCACCAGACUCCUCAUCAGAUCGUUUGGCUUGGCUUAAUCGCAAGUUGAGUAAUGGCACAACUAGUACUGGAACAAAACAUAAAGUUACCUUUGAUGAUUCACUUAGUUCCUCUAGUUCAAGGAAAGGCAAGUCACUACUUUCCAAGUCACCAAAAAGUGGAAGUAAAGGGAAGAACAAAAAUCAGAGAAUGGGAGAUCUUGAGCAGUUGUCAGAAUCCGAAGACGAUGGAGAUUAUGCUACUCUGAGAGAGUUACCUUUGAUGUCUACCAUUCCCUCUAAUAGUGAAGACACUGCUUCUGAAGACAACAAGUUAAUCGAAGCAAGCUUACCACAGGACACUGUGCUUUAUGCGUGCACUAACAAAAAACCGCCUACCACUUGUGGCGAGUUUGAAGAACCUAGUCCUCCUGUAACUCCUGAGCCCAAUGAAGCAAAUACUAAUGACCUUCCUCCACCCCCAGUAACUGGUCCAGUUACUGUGAAUGUGCACGGCAAUGCAGCUCCUGAUGCUCAUCAGUUUCAGGGUUCAGUGACUCCCCGUUGCCUGCGCCGAGCAGACUCGGGGAUGCCGCAUGAGGAGCUGACUCCUCGUUCUGACUCAGUGAGCACCGAAAGCUCUGGCUCAGGUGGCUCCCCACCGUGUGGGAACCACAGCGAGACAUCAAGCGGUGUUCACUCCAACAGCAGCGCAGAAGGGAACCCUGGCAACCAAAACCCACCUGGACACCCUGACAACAAUGGUCAUCUGGAAAUGCCUGGCGGCCCACGGCGUUCCACAAGCGUUGACGAUUUAACAACAUCUCUUGAACAACCACGAGUGCAGCCCUCAUGGCGUAGUUUCUCCUUGCAGAGAAAUGUAGCUCCUCCGACAUCAACUUCUCCUCCUAAUGUAUUUCCAAUGAAAGCAAAUAGUGUUGCUAUACCAAAUGGGAAUGGAUAUGGUGCACCAAAUGGAUGUGUGGGAAAUAUGAAUAAUAUGAAUGGAAAUGGUGGAUACGCAGCAUCUGGCAGCAAUAUGACUAGUAAUGGGCAGCCUGUGUAUGGAUUUGGUAAUGUUGGGAAUGUUCAUGCACAGCAAUACAAUGCCAAUAUGGCAUCCAAUGCCGCAAACACAAAUGGAAGUGGUGAAGUGGGACCUAUGAUUGGUGGAUGUCCUGCAGUGUUGUUAGAGAGUACAACUGAAAGUACAGUUGUGAUUAGACGCAAGAAUUCCAGGCCAAAGACAACAGAGAAUGGUCAAGUGAAAGAGGAGCCAUUUGGACGUUCAACUAACAUGCGCAUGACUUCUUUCACUGAUUCAACGGACAAUUCACGACUAGUUGGAAACAAGGGUGAAGCUUAUCCCUCAGCAUCGUCCACCCUUCCUCAUUACCCAACUCAGCCAGUUACUGUACCAGCAGUGUAUCCCCAUUGUUCUACCAUGCCACUCCCAAGUAGUAGCACUAACGUUAUGGGGCCAGCUACUAACACCUCACAAAGUAAUGGAAACUCAGCAUCAGGCAGUUGCCACUCAUUCCCCAGGCAACAUACAACAAUCCCAACACAUCAUAAUGGUGUCAGGUUGUUUGCUGGCCCUAAUCCUUAUGCCAAACGAUUCCCACCUUUUCACCAUCAAGGACUGUUAAAUGGGAGACCACCACAAGUAAUGCUAGGGGCAAUGGGAUCAAUGGGUCCUGUUAGUACCAUGGGACCUGUGGGACCAGUGGGUCCCAUGGGUCCCAUGGGUCCAUACGGAACAAUGCCUGUGAAUCCAACAUCAGAGAGUACAGUGCAAAAUAGUGGUGUGGCUGGACAUCAUACAUUUCCUCACCUCUCUCACCCAGUGAAGUACAAUCCUCAGCAGCAUUUACACAAGCAAGAUCGAGAUUCUGCCAACUUCUCGAUGGCUUCAAGUGGAGAUUCAGAUCAGUAUUUACAACAAACAUGAGGAUUGAUGCAACCUCGACAGACUGUUAAUCCAUUCAAAUAAUUGAUGUAAAUAAUAAGUACAGAUUAGAAUAUGAAAUGUAUUUAAAAAAUUAUCAUUGAAAAUAAAAAAUUGGGAUUGACAAUGUCAUUAAAAAUAAUUAAGAAAAAUUCAUUUGUUACAAAUAAUUAUAAUUGGUAUUAUUGAAUUGUAUAAAAUCGUCUGUCAGGUUGCAUAUUUGUUCAUACUUUAACAUUUUAAAAAUGGUGUAAAAUCAAAAGUUAGAUAUGUUUAAAAAGCAUAUGGACUAAUUAGUUUUUGUUUGUUUUUUGGUCUUCAUUAAAAAAGAGAAGCUACUAAGAAAUAACAUCCUUAGGACAAGUGCUAUGUUUCAAAAUGUGACAACACAGUAUAAUUUAUUACUUUUAGCUUAUUCCUGUGUACAAUAAUUAAAUGUUUUGAAACUCCUCAUAGCACUCAUAUUAUUAGUAAAUUAAGACUAUAUAAGAUGAAACUUGAGCCAUAACAGGAAUAAUAAAUGCAUAAUAACUUGUAAAAAACUUGAAGAGCAAUGAGCUUGUAAUCAUUUUAUAAUAAAGUAAACAUACCUAUGUGAAGAUAGUUGUCUUGUUGGAAAUAUUUUAUUUAAAAUAAUAUUUCAGAAAAUAAGACCAAUACCUCCUGUUGUGGUGACAGCUCUGAAUAUCAUUUGCCAAAUCAUCUCAUUCAUAUACAGCAUGCAACUAAGUUUGCAUGUACACAUUUUAUGUAAAAUGCACAAUUAGAUAGCAUACAUAAAUGUGGCUGCAUAUAUGUGUACUUUGAUAGGUAAAUAUCAUUAUUUGCAGAUUUCUCCUUUGUAGUUUAAUUUUCUAUUGAAGAGGGUUACAAGAUCCAUUUUGAUGCAUUUUUAAAAUGGAGUUGCCAGCAUUUUUUAUGCUGUUCUCCAAGACCAUACAUGUAAGUCUGACAAUUUGGGAAUAUUAGUGAGUGGUUAGCUUUGUUAGCUUGUUUCUGCUAGGCAGGUUUCCUCUUUUCCAAAAUGUAGUGUAGCAAGCAAAUUAGUUGUGAGGCACUAUAAAAAUGCAAAGGGCAAACUUUGAAAUUUGAACACCUCACUACAAAGAAUGGGUAAAAUUUUUUCUAAAGCUGUCUUCACACUAACUUACUGCUUUGCAAUAGUUUAUUGUUUUUUGUGGUUUUUUUUCAGUUUCAUAUCUGAAUCUUAUAGACAUUAUUCUUUUUUGUUAUUUUCACUCAGAAGUGCUUCUAUAUAAAGAAAACAUAUUUUUAGAGACAAACCUACUUCUCAUGAAAGUAGUUGCUAAAUUAGGUUUUUUUAUAAAUUUUUAUUUGUAGUUUCAUAUAUUGCAAAUGAUACAUAGGUUCACCAUGAAUUAUUGUAUUAAGUGUAUUCACAGAACAUUUGAUAAAUUAAUAUUAAUCAAAAUCUAGUCGUAUUCAUUUUACAUUGUAUCUGUAAUGAAGUGUAUGUUUCAAUUUCUCUCUCCAGAGAGAAGAAAAUGACUGAACCACACUGUGAAGUGGUGUAGAUGCAGGAGGAGGCUUUUGUAAAAUUCAAUAUUCAUUAUCAGUGUUUUGGAGAGCAGUCCUACAUUGAGAGAAAUUUUGUGUACAAAGUUAAAUAUGAACAGUGUAGCAGUACUAUCAACUUGAUACAUUUUAAUUUUUCUCGUUGACUAUAUAUUUAUUAUUUAUAUGAUAUUAUAUAAUACAUGUAAUAUGGUAUAUAUAUAAAUAUAUAGUAUUGUAUGUACGAGAUACUCUUAUAUAUAUGGACAUACAUGUACUUAUGUAACACAGAAACAGAGGCUCUGUUUUUGGUAAAUGCCUUGCUGCUAUAAUAAUGAAACUUUUCUAUUCCAUAACAUCCCAAUCAUCUCUUUGGGUUUUUAUUCAAUAUCAUAAACACUACCGAGAAAGUGAAAGCAUCAGAAACUCUCACUUUCAGAAUUCAGAAUUUGUGAGGGAAAUGGGUGUUUCUCGCUUCUAAACUGGCAUUUUAAAAUUACAUGACCUCUCGGUGUCACCACAUUAAUAAAGGUGCAUAUUGGGAUACAAAUUCUUUUUACUGUUUUAAUACAAUUUUUCAUCAAAACAUCAGAUAUUGUCAAUUUCCUCAUCUCUGCUAACUUGAAGGAAAAUUAUUCAGUGCAAUCCAUACUAGCAUAUGAUGUUGGCCUUGAAGGUUUCUCUUGUAUAUGUAUGUGAUGUGUGUAUAUGUGUGUACAUUUAUUUAGAAUUUAAGUACUGUAAUGCAAAAUAUUUAAUAUACCUAAAGCAGUCCUGCUUGAUUAAAUGGUUCAUGCUUUUCUCCAUCAAGCUAGACAGUGUUUUAAGUUAUGUCUGUACAGAAUAUUUACUUUCAAUAUUGUAAAUUAGAGUUAAUCUGUAAAAAAUCUGACAUAACAGAUGUGGUGUAUAUUUCUUUGUUAAAAUGUUCAGAAAACAUCCUUUAUAAAUGAAAAUUCUCUUCAUUAACAUAUGACAGUUGCUACCUAAGUCUGUGUACAUACUAAAAUGUGUAAAAUGAACCAAUAGAAAUAAAGAGGCAUCUUUACAGUCUGUCAUAAAUGUUGAUAGAUGCAAUGAAACAAAAAACCAAAGGAUUCUCUUCCUCUUGUUCAGAAUGUCCAUUCAGUUUUCAUUAUUACCUUAACUGUUAACCGUGAAGCAUGAUUUUCUUCCAUCUUUGAUUAACAAAGAAAUAUUUCUGAAUCAUAUUGUUAAGUUUUCAGAACGAAAUUCUUGUUGAUAUUUAC